AUGAGCGAGCACGAACGAAGGAAGGCUGAUACUGAAGACCCAAGAUCACACUCACCUGUGUCAGUUAUCAGCCGCUUCAGCUAUGAGGAAUACGGAGACUCCAACAACGGGGAAUCCCCUCACCCUGGACAGGAGUCAACAGCCUCACGGGGAAGCAGCAUUUCGGCAUACUCCCAGCUAUCCACAAACCGGAUCGGUCUGGCGAGACCUCUCUCGGCGGCAGUGGUAUCCUCCAAUGACCGUUUCACAUCAUCAGCAGUAACGCCGGAUCUGGCGAGAGGAAAUGGGCUUGACUCUACCGAGCAGAUCUUCAGCGUGAAGAAUCCUACAGUCACAACAGAGCCAUACAAUCAACAUGAGAAAGAAAGCGACGAGGGAAGGGGACGGGCAAUGUGGAAUCCUUUCUGGCUAUGGCGGACAACGCUCAUAGGAUUCAUAUUGGUAUUUGUCUUGCUGGUCCUGGGUUUGGUUAUCCUUUAUCACCUUUCGAAUCUGCACCAUGGUCUGAGCACCCAGAUCUCCAGUAGCCACUACAGCUGGAAUUAUGGACCUACAGCUGUUUUUGCGAUCCUUCUUUGUUUAUGGCGGGAAGUCGACUACUAUUGCAAGAUUCUCCUACCUUGGAAGGAGAUGCGAGGACGACCGGCAUCUCCAGAAACGAGCUUAUUCCUCGACUAUAUCUCCCUCGGCCCCAUUAGCGACUUAUUGGCCGCAUGGAAUAACAGGCACUGGGCAGUGAUAGCUACAUAUCUCGGUUCAUGUCUACUGAUAUUUAUUACAAUAUUUUCCACAGGUCUUCUCGUUCUCAGCCCCACAUCUAUAACCAGCCAUGAUGUCACACUCAUGGCAACAACUCAAUUCGGCCCCUACAAUGGCCCCUCUACCCAGGACCUCCCUGCUACCCCGUGGUACACAUACUAUGGUAUCCUAGAAAACGGGCUAGGGUAUCCCAACGGCACAUCGAACAAUGUUGCCUUUCAGUCCCUUGAGCCAAGAAGCGACAUACCACGAAAUGCAACGAUAACCGCUACCGUGUCAACUUUCUUUCCUCGGUUGGACUGCGAAGUUGCAGAUAUCCAUCACAGCCUUACAAGUAAUGUCAGUGCCAAUGCCCCGGGUCCCGCCCUUGACAUUGUCCUCGGCAGUGCGUCGUGUAUCGCGUCAAACAGCAAGGGUCUCUGUGAUCCUCAAACGCAAGACUGCCCCUCGCAGGCAUUCAUCUAUGACAUGUAUACGUUGAACGGCAUGUCCUCGAAUGACGACUGCCAAAUAGCGUCUGAUGAUGCAUAUGUAUUCUUUGCAGUUGGAGAUGUGCGCUACCAACAAAACGCAUCUUCCGGAAGCCUUUCUUCACAAGUUAGCAUUGCCAACAUCUCGGGCCUAAUAUGCAAGCCCAGUUAUGCAAUCAGCCCGGCUCAGCUUGUUCUUGAUCCUGCUCUAGCGGGGACUAUAGCUGGUGCUAGUAUCUCAAGAGCAGGAAGCUCACCCAACACUACGCAGCUAGGGUUCACUAACUUACAUCUUACGAGCGUUUGGUAUCAGACUUUAAGCGCCAUUGAUACUUUGUACAACAAUGAUACAGACGUCAAUGAGGCGCUGUUUCACUUCAUGGCGGAUGCAAACAAUCAUUCAGGCAUCGAAGCGCUACUUGAUCCAUCUGUGCAGUCCGCUGCCGCUACAGCCGUCUUCACGGCAGUGAUGGCACAAUUCGCAAGAGAGUACCUGCUGGCACCGGCUGAUACUACAUUGAAGGGACAAGUCGCCUACAACGAGACUCGCCUCCAUGUACGAGGUCUGUCUGUAUGGCUCAUCGUUGUUGGACUUGUCCUCUCGAUUUGCGCAGCGAUCAUGGUCUUGUUGUGCAGGCCACAUGACGUUGUGCCUCGAAAUCCUGACUCGAUCGCUGCGAUGAGCACAUUCUUGGCCUCUAGUGAUAGUAUCAGAAACUCGUUACGAAGCACUGGUCACCUGGCAGAUAAGGCUCUUCAGCAACAACUUUCAAGCAAUUCUUACCAGACGGCAUUCUCCCCAUCGAGAGGAUCGUUCACGAUCGAGCGUCAGGAAGCAUCAAGUUGGCCAUUGCCACCGUCACGACUAUCUAAAUUGAUGCAAACACCGAUAGUAACGCCUUCGCGUAAAGAUAAACAUCAUCGCGGACAGUCGAACUCAGUACCAUCGGAUGGCUCGGAACGCAGAUGGUGGAAACCUUUCACAAUCGGACUACCUUUCGUUUUGGUCACGCUCGCCCUUCCCAUCCUCACAAUUGUAGUUCUGGAAGUUAUUCAACAGUAUUCGAACAGACAUGAUGGGCUUGUUGACACUCCAGAUGCCCUAGCCAGCGCUGACGCUUUGUCCAAUUACUUGCCUGCGGCCUUCAUGAUGGCGGUGUCAAUCAUGUUCAAUUCCGUCGACUUCACAGUAACGAUCUUUGCGCCCUACAGCGCUCUCGCAAAAGGAAAUUCACCUGCUCGCGGAAGCAUAAUGGGCAAUUCCCUGGGUAAGAUACCCGUACUUCGACUCUUCCAGGCCAUUAUUGCACGUCAUUGGAUGGUGUUCUUUUCCACGACAGCUGCUAUUGUGGGAAGUUUGCUCACCAUUGUCGUUUCUGGGCUCUACGUUUCCAACACUUUGCCAGAUUCCUCCGGUAUCUCUGUUCAACGGGUUGACCAAUUCAAUCUUAGCUGGACCAACAGCCUUAACAACGAUUCGAAUGCGGGUACCAUGUUUGCCUUGACCGAGAAGUAUAAUCUUUCUUAUCCAAGGUUUACCUACGAGGAAUUGGCCUUGCCGACAAUUCAACUAUCAGAUCAGAACCAGGCAGCCCAGGAUGUGCUUCAAGUACGGCUUCCCGCAACGCGCGCAACACUGAAUUGCACAGUCGUCCCAUCACAGGAUAUCACCGUGUCAACAAUCAAUUCGGGGUCUGGCGGUCAAGCGAACGUUACGGUCCAAGCCCCAUUACCAGCCAAUUGUCUACUUGGCGGACCUGAAGCAAAUGACCCUACCAUCACUUUCAAUAAUAAUUUUCAGAUGUCUCUCUUGAAACCGACACUGAAUGAAUCCUAUGGUGGGAUAGUGCUAGACCUCCAUGUCGCUCCUUCCUUUGAAGAUAGUCUAGGCUUUCAAAGCUACGGGGACGGUGCGGGAAGUAGCGAAGCAGAUAAUCCGCCAGGCUGUCCUUCUCUUGGCUUCAUCUUUGGGUACUUUACCGUUGGUGACGACACGGGUAUCAAUACAACGGCACUCAUAUGCAGCCAAUUAGUGGAAGAAGUCCAAACGGAGAUACACUUCCUCCUGCCAAGCCUAGACCUCGACCCUAGUAACCCACCCGCACCAGACGAGAGCACAGUCAGGUAUAUAGCCAAUCAGACUGACGCACUCCCUUACCGCAUUCAAGCCGCCUUUGACAGCGAGGUCUCAGCAUACAAUGGUACCAGCGCGUUCCAAUCCGGCACUCCAACAGCACUAGACCCUUUCUUCCAGGCUCUAAUCUACGGCCAGGACUACGUCGAUCCUACCUCGCUCGUCGGGUCCGCUAACACCGACCGCCUGACAAACGCAACAAAUCACAUAUACCGCAGAUACAUGGCUCAAGCCAUUAACAGCAAUAUGCGGCAAGCCCUGAGUUCUGGAGAUCGGACUGCAGUGGACGCCCUGCUCAUCAAUCCGAACAGAUAUCGCCUUGUGCAGGACAAAGCCUCCAAAAUCGUGCUCCAAGUGCUUCUGGCCAUCAUGUUCGUCUGCGGCGCGGCUGCAUACCUGCUGACGGACACGAAAGGAGUGCUGCCGCAUAGUCCGACGUCUAUUGCCGGUGUAGCUAGUCUACUGGCGGGGAGUGAGCUGGCCGAUAGGAGUUUCGUGCCAAAAGGGUCGGAAUGGAUGGACGACAAGGAAUUGAAGAGAGAGGGUAUUUUUAAAGGGGGGUUGUUUGGUUUGGGAUGGUGGGAGGGCGCGGAGGAAGGGAAAGGGGGAAGGAGGUUUGGAAUUGGUAUUGGGAAAGCGGAGAGAAGGAUCUAA